AGUGGUGGCUUUGGACUGGGGUAGGAACUCCGUGGCGCAGUCUCCGCUGGGUGACAGGGGACCUGCUGAUGGAGGGUGUCCUCUGCCCUGCGCUCACUCUAGGAGACUUCGACCGGCUGCAUCCAGAGCCCGGAAUCGAACUUUUCGCAGACCCUUGGGUUUUUCCUUCAUUACAUGGCUUUCAUUGCAUCUUUUUUAAAAAAUAUAUUUUUAUUGAUUUCAGAGAGGAAGGGAGAGGGAGAGAGAGAUAGAAACAUCAAUGAUGAGAGAGAAUCAUUGAUUGGCUGCCUCCUGCAUGCUGCAAAGAGAGUGAGGAGGUGGUUUUGGAGGUUCGGGAGAGGGGAAGGUAUGCGCAGUCAUCUAGGAGAACAGGAGAAUGAAUGGCCUGCAGAAGUGUGGUGUGCCGGGGAGCGCCAAACGGCCCGCUUGAGUUCAAAGCAGACUCGGACUAUGAAGACACGUACUGAGGGAAGUUUGCAGAACGUCAGAAGAAUCACCGAGUCACUGAGAAGUAUGCCCCCGGCACGGAAGCCCUCGGAGGAGUGGAGCCGCCGGACAGCCGGGCCGGAGGGCUCUGGAACCCACCAGUAAAGACUUGAGGAGCCAGUUACUCAUUGGCGAUUUCUUGUUGUAUUUAUGAACUGCUCAGAAACUUGCAGAAGAGACUCCUAACGACCCCUUCAGUCACGCAUCCUCUAAUUGAAUGAAGGAACCCUUUUCCUGAGGAGAGAGGGACUUUAUUUCGCCGUGCUCUUGAUGUAUUACACCUUCUCUUCCCGUUAUUUGAGGGAGAGCCUGCCUGUCAGCCACACUGCCGAUGCCAGAGCCUUUUCUUUGGACGGAGACGGAGCUCGGGGUUCCUGAUGUGCUGGCGGAUGGGAGGCGUUUGGGAUAAGCGUUCUCUGGUUUUGCUCCGGGAACAUUCUCAGCUGUGAGUGAGCACAUGGCCGCCCUCGCCGCUCAGCGACGCAUCGGCAGUUAGUGGGCGACGUGGCGUGGACGGCCUCCGUCUCCCUGGUGGUCGGACCAGGAGCCACGCUCUGACCCGGCUCCCCAGCGAAGUACAGGGCCUGGGAGGCGAGGCAGAGGGAGGCCUUCCUUUUGUCCUGCCGGGCGCAGUUUGUCAUUGCACUCUCUUACCGCUGGCUUCCUUCUUGACUUUUAAGAUCCGAGGCAAGAAAGACCCUUCAGCAGAUUCUGCGGGACUGUGUAGAGUAAUUUUACCGGUUAUUUACAAUGAAAUGUGCUUUUAACCCGUGUUAUUCUUCAGAACGUCUUUGAUUUCUCAAAUGCACCAAGUCUGCGUGAGCUGAGGCACUGACGGACUGUUGGUCUGUAACGUGCGAGACAGGGAAGUGGUGUUGUGCAUAAGCGACACUCCCCCUCUGGUCUUGCGAAACCUUUCACCAGCGGCCCCCACUUCGUGCGGACGGAUGCCGCCUUGGGUUUCUCUAAGCCGUUAGGGAGUGUGCGGGCCUGGCCGUCCGGAAGGACGACAGGCAGCCCCUGGCGCCAGAGCGAUGGGUUCACGUCUGGGUUCGGACAGCGAAACGAUGCCUCCUCCCAUCUUCGUUUUCACAGAGCGGCCCCUCCACGGGCCUCCCAGGGGGCGGGAGGUGUCCCUAGGACGGCACCGCACACUGGACGUCACGAAAAACCACCUUUACGGUUUUUGCCCAGAUCUGGUUAUAAAUUGUGGGUUGUUAGCUCUGCCUCUUGGACUUGCCCCGCCCUCUUGUGCUAUCCUGGUCCACAGAGGAGAGCCUGGUUGGUUCAUAGACAUCACGAUGGACCCUGGUCGGGCGAGGAGGUCGAAGUGGCAAGGCAGGGUUCGCAGUUUACAUUUCCAGCGGUGACACCUCCAUCUGGGCCUGCCUGGUGGGGCGGUGGUUGUCAGGCCGCUCACGGAGAGGAGAGCAGUGUGAGCAGUAAGAAGUCACGGGGCCACGGGGGGACUGCCAGAUAGAGCUCUCACGGCGAGGCGGCCUUUCUGUGGGUCCUCGUUUCUCCCACAGCGAGCUGCUGUGACGGGAACCCAGCCAAGUCCACGUCCCGUUGAAGGAGGAACCUGUUUUCGCCGCGUUUGCUUGUCAUUUCCUUCGGGCCUGUGUGGAGGACAGGCCGUGUGAUAUGUCUGUCACCUUAGACAAAAGGCCCUGGGGGUUCCUCAGUCAUGUUGUUUUGUGGCCUUGAUCGUGGUUUGAACCAGUUCCUUCCUCCAGAAAUGAACAACAGUGCCCUUCACAGGGGAGAGCAAGCUGGGGGUUCAGUGUGCUGCCUGGGCCUGUGCUCACCUCACAGCACGGCCGCCAGCUUCCUCCUCCCCGAGGGGCAGGCACAGCUCCCCUCACAGGAGCAGAGCAGCUGGACAGCGGCUUCCCCAUGAUGGAAGGAGGGAAAGGGCUGGUUUUAACCCGUGGCUCUGACAUGGCCUGGGUGCAGGUCUCCCUCUUUUUCUUCCCGAUGCCCAUGAGGUUUUGUCACACUAGAAACCAGGCCGGUCUAGAAGAGGAAUUGAAUCCUGCCAUCUGCAGGGGGCUGAAGGCCUUCAGAAGUCCCUGGCCGAUGAAGCCUUUCUGUGCGGUUACGUGACGUGAUGAGUUUUGUGCGUUGACCCCUUAAUUCCAUCAGAGUGUGAGCUCACACAGGCCCGUGGCCAGCGGCUUCUUGGGAAGCGCUCAGCUCUCUGCCCGGGGGCUCCGAGGGGCACGUUCCUGCCUUGAAAACUGGGGGCCACAUCCCUAGUCGGCAGGUUCUGGGUGUCACUCCGCUAGGGUCCCAGGGGCGCCCUGGAGAGAGCCACGGGGCGGGUCCAGGCUGCCAUCUUGUCGCACCGCGUGCGCCUUCGCAGCAGAAGAGGCCGCUCCACCCGUGGCCCGCGCUGCGCCGUUGGACGGAACUGCCAUUUCCCUGCGGUUUUUGUUUCUGUCUUGGUAGGAGGAUGUGCCGGGUGCGCAGACACCGUAGCCUUGAUCUCUUUGCCACAUCAGAGCUAAUGACCGUCUCGGCACUUUCUGGUGCGCAUUGACAUGUGAGAUGAGAGCCGCCGUAGGAAAGGGGCAGGCUUGUGGUUUUCAGCACCGAGCAGCGGCUCCUGAGCUGCUCUCCGGCGAGGCCUGCGCGGACGGAGCAGCGAGGCCCCGCUCCUGGGGCUGGAGCGGCUGCUAAGGUUCAGGGAUUGUUAAAUCCUCGGGUCCCAGUGUUGGUGGCGGGCAGCGGGCCAUGCGGGCGCGUUAGGGACAGGCGGGCUCCCAGCACCGCUGCUGCGGACCGCGGCGCACAGUCCUUGAGAAGAGCAAGCGGCAGGGGCGCGGUGCGGAGAACCGGGGUGCCGCCUGCGCGUGGGAACACUGAUUGGGAAGCGGUGAUUUAAAAGCAAAAGAUUCCUUGAAGCCAAGAAGCCUUGAGCUCUUAUUUGGGGUGUGCAGGUCACCCCCGGGCUUCUGGGGGGUGCGUGCAGGCAGAGGAAAGGCAGGUGGGUGGUGAGCGGGGCGCUGGGUCGAGGGAGGAAUGAGAGGUGGGUAUGUUCUACACGCGUUCUGUGUGCACGAGGCUGACGGCUCACUCAGGACCCCCUCCGAGAGCUGCCGACCUGGCGGGGGACCCUCAGGGUCUGGGCUUGAGCUUCUGCUCUCCUAGAGGGAUUUACCCUGGGAGCAUUCACGAAAACAGGGCAGCGGGCCGGGGACGGAAAGGAGAACCUGCGCGCAGAGGUUCCUGUUUUGCCUCGGCAGCCACCUCGGGACGCACGCAUCUGCCUGCUCUGACCGCACCUCCCGGCGGCGCCGGCGGCAUCAGACCGAGCGGCUGCAGGGGCGGUGGCUGUCAGACACUGGGGCGGCCUCCUCUCCGGCUGAAGAUGGAGAGCGGCGUGCUCUGCCUCCUGCGCCUCAGCCUGAGGCCAGUGCUGCUGGGCUAUUUCUUGGGCCUGAAUGACCUGAUCGUGUCCUCCCUGGAGCUGACCGUGCACGCGGGUGAGCCUGCCCUGCUGGGCUGCGCGUUCCAGAGCGUGGAAGGGAAACGCGUGACCAAGGUCGACUGGACAUUCUCACCCCAGGAGCACGCCCAGGUCGAGUACGUGCUGUACUAUUACGCCAACCUCAGCGUGCCGGUGGGGCGCUUCCAGACCCGGGCGCGCCUGGCGGGGGCCCUCUCGCACAACGACGGCUCUCUCCUGCUCCGAGACGUGCAGGAGGCUGACCAGGGAACCUACACCUGCGAGAUCCGCCUGGAACUGGAGAGCCGCGUGUUCAAAACCGAGGUGGCGCUGCACGUGCUGCCAGAGGAGCCCCGAGAGCUCACGGUCCAUGUGGGUGAUUCAGCUCCGAUGGGCUGUGCUUUCCAGAGCACGGAAGAGAAGCUCAUGACCAAGGUCGACUGGACGUUCUCACCAGGGAAGCAUGCCAAGGAGGAGGUGAUGCUGCGCUAUUACACCACACGCGGCAGACCCGGGGGGCACUCCCAGAGCGGGGGCCGCUUCCAGAGCCGCGUCGCCCUGGCGGGGGACACAGCGCGCAACGACGGCUCCGUCCUGCUCCAAGAGGCGCGGGUGUCCGACACAGGAAGCUACACCUGCAGCAUCCACCUGGGGAACCUGACUUUCAGGAAAACCUUCGCGCUGCACGUGAUUCCGGAGGAGCCCCGAGCACUGGUGACCACCGUGGCCCGCAGUCCCGAGGUCCUGGGCGGCAACCAUCUGGUGAUCAUCGUGGGCAUCGUCUGCGCCACUGUCCUGCUGCUUCCUGUGCUCAUCCUGACUGCGAGGAGGAUCCAUGGGAGUAAGAGUUCCGGGAUGUCCACGGCCCUGGUGAAGAGCCUGGAGGACAGGGACAAGGCUCCCCCCGAGAAGCACGUUUACUCCUCAAUCAACACGUGGGAGGUGACCAAGGAAGAAGAACCAAGUGACAGAUCAGAGGCCACCUACAUGACCAUGCACCCAGUGUGGCCUUCAGCACUGAAUUACCCGCCUGAGAAAAAGUGGGCCGAGGGAGUGCCCCAAACAGGGCGAGCCUUUUAAGAAGAGUCCCCUCACCUUCCCGAGGCAGAGGCGCCCCUGUGCGGCCUGUCCCUGUGCCAGCCAUGCAGACCGCCCCCCCUCCCCCCAGCUGUCCUGCCUCCCUGGCCAGCCAGAGGCUGAAGAUGGCCACAGACGUGGGCCCUCUGGAGCGGACCCUGGCUGAGCUGCCCCAGCUCACCAAGCACCCCAUCUGAUCCAUCCCUCAGGCUGAAUGUGAUCCUGGGAAGAAUCACAGGGAAACCCAACCCGAAUGUUUCCUGUGACACACCCCUAAAUAAAUGUGACCUGGGAUGCCA